AUGGCUUCUUCAAUGCCACCUAGCCUUCGGUUCAUAAAUCAUCCACAUAUUACACAUCACAGUACUCAUCAUACCAGGGAUCGUAGCUGGCACUUGAGCGUUACCAUAACCACCAGAAAAGAAACUGCAGCCGACGAUCCUCCACCUACGUAUUCACCUCCAAGACCAGACUCUCCCCCAAUUCCAGAAUCUCCAGCAUCUGGACGCCCAGCUCCACAUCACUACUUCCACCCUUUCCCCCGUCUUCCCACCGAACUCCGACACCGAAUCUGGACGCUCGCAGCGAGAGAUAUCGCACCUCGCGAAAUCACUAUCUGUCAUGAGCUCUGCGAAUUUGAAGGUUACGCAAGCAUCAUUGCGAAAGUAACCGAAUAUUUAACCAAUCUUCUGACAUUCGGCCGGGAGAAGAAGAUAGUUGAUUAUGAGUGUUCGGCUGUUCCUGCUUUGCUUCAUACGAAUUUUUUGGCGCGCAGUAUUGCGCGCAAGUUGUAUAAGAGACGGUUCCAGGAGGUGCUUAAUAGAAAGAUUUAUGUGGGAGCGAAGGAUAGGGUUGUGGUUGUGCCUAGGCCUAUUUGA